AUGAUCGCCACGUCGUUCCGGUAUGGAGCCACCGAUGAUGGCCUGCUCGCAGCACUGUCUGCCUCUAUUUUUCUGCUGAUAGAUCCCCAAUCAAGAACACUGGCAAAAGUCAUCAACAAUAUGUGCUUUCCCAGCACCGUCUGCUCUUCGUAUGCCCCUGUUGGAAAAGAUCUCGUCUCCGUAACAUUGAUCGGAAGAUAUUCCGCCAGUUCAGAUGCCGAGCGUGAGGAAUGGACUGGGCGGGAAACAGUAGCGAAGUGGCAGCACUUGAAGACAUACAGGAUCUUGUUUGCUCAACCCGAUCAGACUCCGCCGACCAACCUCUCGAAAGAACCAAAAGUUGAUGCAGGUUUGUACCUGUGCGGAGAUCAUCGAGUCUCAGCAACUUUCGACGGAGCACUUCUGUCAGGGAGACGAGCUGCUGAAGCGCUCCUUUCAGAUUCCGAACUGAAAGUUAAGGGAAAGUGA